ACAAACUUUUUGAAAUACAGGAAAUUUUAUGCAUUUUAUCCUAAAAAAAUACAUCCAAAUAAGAUUAAAAAACACCAGGAAGUACUACAACACUAGAUAUAUACCCAGGUUUAUUAAUUCAAGCCGACAUCCUUUUGAUCACGAGGCUUCUGUAACUCUUCCACAUUGAGAUAAGGUAAAUUAAUCGUAAGAAAUCAACCAUAAAAUCUACUUUUUGGCAUCUAAGAGGCGAAUUCUCAUAAUUUAGCAUCCAGGCUCAGGCUACUCUUCAAAGCAGUAGCAAGAUUCAAGAACUAAUGGAGAAAAGGGUGGCGAUCAUUGGGGCUGGAAUCAGCGGCCUCCUCGCCUGCAAAUACGCAGCAUCAAGGGGCUUUAACCCCGUUGUGUUCGAGGCAGAAGAGCAGGUUGGUGGGCUGUGGAAUCACACCAUUGAGUCCACCAGGCUCCAGAACAUCAAAGAUUUCUUCCAGUUCUCUGAUUUUCCAUGGCCUUCUUCUGUGCAAGACGCGCUGCCUACCAACGCGCAGCUGCUGGAGUAUCUGCAGUCUUAUGCUCGUCACUUUGAGCUGUUGCCCUACAUAAAGUUCAACUCCAAAGUCGUCAGCGUAAGUUACGUGGGAGAAAGUGAGGAGGAGAUGCAGAGUUGGGAACUGUGGGGUGGGAGUGGAAAGGCGUUUGGGUCCAAAGGGAAAUGGAACCUAAAAGUUCUUCACACCAAAGAAGAGUCUGUUGAGGAGUAUGUUGCUGAAUUUGUGGUUAUCUGCAUCGGAAGAUUCAGCGGCCUGCCAGAAAUCCCGUCGUUCCCUCCAGGAUACGGCCCCGAAGUUUUCUCAGGAAAAGUGUUGCACUCCAUGGACUACUCUGCUAUGGACAAUGCCAGCGCUGCAGAGUUCAUCAAAGGAAAAAGGAUUGCGGUAAUCGGUUCAGGGAAAUCCGCAAUCGACGUUGCAUUUGAAUGCGCAAAGGCAAAUGGGAACGACAUCCCUUGCACGGUGAUCCAAAGAACCAUUCAUUGGAUGCUUCCUCACGAUGCGCAGCCAUGGGGAGUCAGUUUGGGUUUCUUGUGCUUCAGUCGCUUCCCCGAGCUACUGGUUCAUAAGCCCGGUGAAGGCUUCUUAUCCAGCGUCCUGGCGACGUCACUUUCGCCUUUGCGAUGGGGGAUGUCUAAGUUCAUUGAAAGCUACCUAAGAUGGAAACUUCCCUUGAAAAAGUACAAUAUGAUUCCAAAAGAGAAUGUUCUCCAAGAAACUUCAUCUUGUCAGAUACUCUUUCUACCACCAAACUUCUACGACAAAGUGGAAGACGGAAGCAUCGUUUUGAAGAAACCGCAGCACUUUAGCUUUUGCAAAGAAGGUUUGAUCCUGGAUGGAGAAGAUGAUCCCGUUAAGGCAGAUAUCGUCAUCUAUGCAACUGGAUAUAAAGGUGAUGAGAAGCUCAAAAACAUCUUUUCUUCUCCGACUUUUCAGAACUGCAUGGCAGGAUCUCCGACUUCCGCAAUUCCUCUAUACAGACAAAUGAUCCAUCCAAGGAUUCCACAGCUAGCGGUGAUAAGCUACUCGGAGUCUCUUUCAAAUCUCUAUACAUUCGAGAUGAGGUGUAAGUGGCUAGGAUACUUCCUGGACGAGGCCUUCAAGUUGCCGAGCAUUAAAGAAAUGGAAGAGGACAUCAAGAUGUGGGAGAAGUAUAUGAAGAGAUACUCAGCCAACGGUAAGUUCAGACGGGCUUGUAUCGGAGGUGUUGCCAUCUGGUACAAUGAUCGACUAUGCAAAGACAUUGGAUGCAAUCCAAGAAGAAAGAAGGGUUUUUUCGCAGAUUUAUUUGAGCCAUAUGGAUUGGCGGACUACAAAGAAUUAUAAACCCGGCUUCUAAUUUAUCGCGAUGAUCUUCGAGACUGAAGAAUAGGGAACUCGGCAUUUCGCCUAUUAUAGAUUUAGUUAAUUUCUCAUAAAUUCAAUGUUUGGAACUUGGUUGUAGAGGGCUUAGUCGGUCCUUAAUUGGUGCAGAAACCUUUUUAAAAAAUGGCUAAAA